AUGAAGUCCAUUUUCAGCUUCCUCUUGCUUGCUACUUUCUGUUUGCUUCCCUUUGUGGCCUUUUCAUCAACUUGCACUUGCGACAAUCCCAUUUUCCUGCCCACUACUACUGAUGACGACAACGAUUUCCCCCUCCUUGAACUUCCUGAAGUGUUGGACAGCAACGGCGAACCACUCCGGGUUGGCCAAGAGUACCGCAUCCUCUCCGCUACCCCGCCCGCUCGCAGAGGAGCAGUAGGCUUGGCCAAAAUUGGAAACGCCAAAUGCCCAAACGCCGUGGUCUUGCACCGAGGGAACAUUCAACUAGGCCUGCCCGUUAAAUUCUAUACUAGGCACCCUGGUCCUCCGCCUCUUAAUGUGAUACGUGAAACUAAUCAGAUUAGUGUUUUGUUCUCGACUCCAAAUACACAGCGCUGUGAUAACGGAAACUUUUGGAUGGUUGGUAAACCUGACGAGACUGCACAGGGGCUUAGGUUCGUGGUAACUAGUCGUGUCCCAGAAGUUCCAGACGGCGUAUUUCAGAUUGAGAAAUUUACUGAGGCAUCACCUUUUUACAAAAUAAGAUAUUGUCCCGACCGAUCAACAUGUCCAAAAUGCCCUUGUUCAGACGUGGGAUUGACAUCCCAUAGUGGACACAAUCGUCUGGCUCUCACUAACCAACCUAUUUCCUUCAUCUUCAAGAAAGUCCAGAAGAGUUGUACUGAUGCAUAA